AUGUAUGACACAGUCUAUUUCAUGAAUGCUACAGAUGCAGCAGAUCCAGAAAUUGAGCGUAUGAAGGAUACAUUAGUUGAUAUCGCCUUUAAACAGUCAACAUGGGGACAACAAGUGCCGAUUGUGUGGGUGCCUCUUGAUUUACAGAUAUCUGAUAUGAGAGCAGAUGGAGUAAAGUUGAUAACAAAAGAAAGACUUUUACAAAUAAACAAAUCAAAAAAUGAAUUUGCUCUGAGCGAAAGAAGAGUAGAUGAUUUCUUACUUGUUCAACACUCAAUAGGAAAGUUGUUAUACUUCGAUGAACCUGCUUUAAGAGAUUUUAUUGUCAUCCAGCCUACGGCAAUGGUCAAUAUACUGAGAGCCUUCAUUACAGACAUAAUGUUUUGGCCAGAAAAAGGACCCGUUCGAGACAUACUGGAGAAUUUAUCAUCUACUGGAGUUCUAAGGAAGACAGACCUUUUUACUCUAUGGGCACAACCAGCUUUCCAAGACAUUUUAACCGAUGUCAGAACAAAGGAAUAUAUAGUGCAGGUUCUCCUCCAUCUUGAUAUCCUUGUUGAACCUAAACGCUACACUGAAAUGAACGCACCUGCAGACGUAUUUCUAGUACCCUGCAUGGUUAAGGAAAGGAUUCCACAAAGACUGCAAAGAAAUGCAACAGAUGAAAGAAUAUUAUGCAUAUCUUAUCAUCUGAAGGAGACAGUGGUUCCAUCAGCUUUGUCUUUCAAGCUUAUAGGGGCUGCAAUUAGCAUCUGGCCUCUGAAAGUAGAAAACUCUCGUUUUUGUCUUUAUUUUCAAGCUGCAAUUAUGGAUGCUGACAACAGAAACGAACUUCAAAUUCAUGUUGAAGGGCAGAGAAUAAUUGCAUACCUGAUAAAUGACGUGUCAAAACAGCUUAUAUCACCGGAUCUAGCGACAACGACACAGGAAUGCCUGACUUUGGCACUUGGACGAAUUCUUCAGUUUUACCGUCGUUGUUUUGGUAAACAAAGUCACCAUUUAACCUCAGAUAUGUUUGAAAUAGAAGUUGGAGAAAUAUGCAACGGUGAAAGGUGUUUAAUACCUUUGUCAGAUGCUAAAACGAAGGCGCAAUGGAGCUGCAAGAAUGGGAAAAUACAUGAAACGAAAUGUCCUCUGAAUUGGGUUUUUGAAAAGAAUAAGAAGCAUUGUGACUCAAAUUGUAAAGGUCUUGAAACAGAAAUACUAGUCUUGAGACCAGAUGAUCAGCAUUUCGUGCAACUAGCAAAAACACUUGGUAUUGGAGACUUCUACAACUUCUUCAUUGAACUUGGAAUGGAAAAAGCUGAUUACGACAACUUGAAUUUUCGUUAUUUUUCAAACCCUAUGGACUUUAUGUUGAUGGGUCUCUUUGAAUGGAGGGAUAAAACAGAAAGUGACCAAAUGACUCCAACUUUUAGGAAAUUGCAGACGGCACUGAAGGCUAUUGAAAGACAGCACUAUUUGUGUCAGGUUCACAGAGAGGAUCAUACUCUAAUAGAAAAGGCUCAUAAUAGCCUACAAGAUGUUCCGUCAGAUGAUGUUAUCAAUAGUUUAACAGAACAAAAAUUGAUAGGUGAUUGCAUUGUUCACCUAGGUGUUGAAUUGACUCUGAGCAUUGGCAACAUCAAGGAGACUAUGCACAAUUUUCCAAGGGAUUUGAAUGGUCAACUCCAUGAUCUACUCACAAAAUGGAAGAAUUGUAAAGAAACCAAGUCGGUGAAACCAACCAUCUACCGACUAAUGGUAGCUUUAAAACGUGUAAAAGCGGCUCAAGGACUUAAUUUCCUGAAGAAAACAUAUGGUGUGGAUUAGAACAUCAAAUAAACUAAACACAAAAGUAGACAACGGAACUGUGAUAUGUUUAUCAUCUCUCUGAACCAAUCCAACAUAAUUUUUGCGUUUAAAACUUCAUGGUUUAAACAAAGGCAAAGCGUUUCAAUAUCACAAUUUAAAUCCUUUGUUGUACCUCUUCCAUAUUUCUAUGUCUAAUGUGUAGAUAAAAAAAUAAAGUGAAACCAUAUAUCAACAACUAGU